ACACCGGUUUCAUCUCCGUAGUUCUUAGAGAAGAAGAAGAAUCUGAACAAUUAGGGCUUCUGAAUCUCUCUUAUUUUCUCUCUUCGAUUGCUUCUUCACCAUUAUUGAAGAAUAUGGGAGAGGAGGGCAAGAAGAAGAGGGUGGUUGUGGAAUCGCUGGGAUGGCUGACGGAGUCUUCCAUCAUGCCGAAGAAGCACAAGGCCAUAGCUGGGGUCGGCGCAUCUUCGAUCAUGGAGCUCAAGGCUCACCUCUACAAGUCUCAAGAGGAGUCCAAGAAGUCCAAGGAAUUGGCUGGCCCUGGCGUCGAGUUCCACCGUGCAAAGAACAAGAUUACUCCCAAAGACAUUCUCUCCUCCCGCAAUUCCGGCGUCGAGGCCCGCGCUCUCAAGGACAAGCUUGAGCUGAAAGCUAUCAAUGAUGGAUCGGUGAGCUAUGCUGCACUAGAGAAGAAGGCUGCGCUAUAUGACAAGCUAGUGAAAGGGGAACUCUCAGAUGAGGAAGAUCAGGAGAAGUAUUGUGUGGAUUUUUUCCGCAAGAAUCUUGAGCAAGAUGAAUCGCAACUACCAGAUCAUGAUGCUUCUGCGCCUGGAGAAACAGACACUCCAGAAGAUGAGACUGAGCCAUCAUUCUUGUUUAACUCAAAAACAGUGGGACUUGGAAGGACGUCUGGAGCAAUGGACAACAAUGAGCACAAGCGUUUUGUGAGGGAAGUUCACGAAGAAGUAAAUCAAGCAAGAGAGAAGGCAUCCGAGCUGAAAAUGCGUAGACAAGAGCAGGCAGCAGCACGUCGAGAAAAACUGAAACAAGCAUAUCUCCGCAAACAAGUAGAGAAGUUGAAGGCUUCAUCAAAUUCAGGACAAACGUAACAGAGGAAGAGAAAUUUAGUGUUUUAGUACAGUUUACCACUGAAGCAGGACACUGCCUCCAUUGACAGCAAAUACACAUACCUUCGUCAGGAUAAUGAUGGAUUUUGUUUGUUUUCUUUUCUCCAUCAAGUCUUUCUAUUUCCUAACCCAUCUUAAUUUUCACCUUGUAUUAUAAAUUGAAUGUCAGGGAACUAGAUAAAUUUGUGCCCCACUGUAUUAUAAAAUUAACGUUGGAAAGAGGGGGAAAAAACCCUCUGGUUUUGCUGAAAAAUCAAAAUUUAAGUUUGAGAGGGCAUCUCUUCUUCCUUCCUCA